UGUCCAGUGUCACCGCGCUUCAGGGUGGUUUGUCAACUCAUGCGCGUCUCGCUGUUCAAACCUGCUGCUUCAUCACCUCGCUGUGAACAGGAGCAAGCGCGAGCCGAGCCAGCGGUUUAGCGAGAUCAGACCAACCAUCAGUACAGGUGGACGCUGCUUUCGUGGCAUGACUACCACAAACAAGGGAAACAAGGCCUUAAAGGUGAAGCGGGAGCCUGGGGAAAAUGGCACCAGCCUAACAGAUGAUGAGCUGGUGACCAUGUCAGUGCGGGAAUUGAACCAGCAUUUGCGGGGGCUGUCAAAGGAAGAAAUCCUGCAGCUGAAGCAGCGGCGGCGUACCCUAAAGAACCGGGGCUAUGCUGCCAGCUGCCGGGUGAAGCGUGUUACCCAGAAAGAGGAGCUGGAAAAGCAAAAGGCUCAGCUACAGCAAGAAGUGGACAAGCUGGCCACAGAGAAUGCCAGCAUGAAGGUGGAGCUGGACGCCCUACGUUCAAAGUAUGAAGCACUCCAGAGCUUUGCCAGGACUGUGGCCCGUAACCCCGUCACCUCAGCAAGGGGACCUAUGGCCUCUGUCAUAGGGCCCCUCAUCCCUGGUAAAGUAGCUGCCACCAGCGUUAUCACCAUCGUCAAAUCCAAAACGGAGGCUAGGUCGUAGUAGCAGAGAGGGCAGGAGGAAGAUUUUCAAGACUAAACUAGUCAGUGCAUUGUAACAUGGCGCAGGAUGACCUGUGUAAGUUCUCCGUUUUACUCCUGGCACUAACACUAACGAUACGCUUCCCAAAUUCACCCUCACAAUAUGACUCAGCACUAUCUACUUGUCAACAGACAUGCUGUUGUUGGUUUUGUGGGGGUGACACAAUUAAAUUGUAGGAUUGUGGGUAUCGCAGUUGAUUACUACACAAGGGUGGAAUUGGCGAUACUGAAACACUUCAUUUAAACAAGUGAACCAUGCUGACAACAAAUAUUCAACAAGGCUAUUGGAUGACAUCAAAUGCAGUUGUUUACUUGUUGAUUUUGAUGAGAUCAACUACUCUGUUUAAUAUGUCUAGUUCUUGAAGACUGAGGUCCGAAGUCUUUUCCGUCCUAAGAAUUGGCUUUUUCUAGAGUCUCCCAGGUGAUCACAACCAGUAAAAUAAUAAAUUAUACAGAUUGUCCCUCGCCCGUUCCGCAAUACAGACUGUAGAAAGAGCCAGCACAAAUUCCACUCUGAGCCCCUUUGCUUGUUAUUAUGCACUGACUUCAAUUAUGAGAAAUGACAAAUAGUCACAAACUCUUGGUCUUAAUGCUACAGAUGUCUUUAAAACAACCUGACUAACCCAAAACUAGUAAAUUAGUCCAAUUUGUGAUUUUGUUGGUUGUCUGUCAAGAAUAUAAGCGUAAAAUAAUGCUCCUACACGUAGCAUUCAUUUCUGCUUAUGCGUCUGUGACAGGCUUCAGUGAACUCGUCAUUAUCAAUAUGACUAGUAGAUGCAAUAAUAUAUGUAUGCACUGAAAAUACAAAGAGGUCUUGCCUAUUUAUGGUUAAAGUGGAAACUAGAAAAAAAUGAUAUUGUUCCAGAGCUGAGUGCCAUUCCAAUAUGACAAGAUUCUUCUACAAUAUCUGAAAACCUGAAUGUUAUUACAGUAAUAUCCUCGUUUUUUGUGGGGACAGUGAAAUCCACAAACAUUUUGAGACAUAAUUUUUGCUCAUAGAGAAAAUAUGUUGUUUUUUUGUUUAAAAGAUAUAUAUUGCAUUUUUUGUAAUUACUUGUCGACAGGGCCGUCAGAUAUUUCCAAAAGAAAUUCUUUACACGAGCUUUACUGUUUGAAUUGUUAAGGUGUAGAAAACUUUGUCUAAUGUUGAGUUCUUGGUUUUUAUUACUAGGUAGAUUACCUUCCAUUGUUUAUAGAAAUACAGAAAAAGAAAACGUUCAAAAAAAAAAAAAUCCUGUGACAUCUUUUUUGCAAUUGUACCGAAAGUGGCUUACUAUUGAAGUCUGAUAGCUUUUUCUAGUGACUAGGCGCGUACUGUGGGGUAGCGCGUGAUGUGAUGUGUAAGUGACAAGUUGGCAGUGUCGUUCACUGUAUAGAUGUCAAUGCUGUGCUAUUUAAAACAAAUCUGUAGAGCUAAACUAGAUGGUGUAAACAAGGUCAAUUGUCUUUGUGCGUAUUGGCAUCUGUGAUAUCCUCCGCUUCCUUGGUGUUAGUUACAAAUCAUAUUGUCAUUAAGAGUUUACCACAUUGAGCCAUGUAAGACAGAAUUUGGUGAAAUGGCAUUAGUGAACAUUAUUUCAAAAGACUUUUGAAGCUUCAAGCGAUACUGAAUAAUGGUUGCACCUGGUGCUGGAUGCCCUCUAAAUACAUCCCCCUGUAACCUGAAAGUAAAUGACUUCAUUAUUGGUAAGACUUAAUUAUCAUAUUCAUUCCAGCUGCUUACUUGGUCUGAAUUAGAUUGCAGGGAUAGAGUGAAUAACCCAUAAAAAUGAUCUUUUGACAGACUAAAUGAAAAAAAAAAAAACAGUUUUGCAGUUUAACUGUGGAUGUGUUGUUUUUUUGUUGUUUUUUUUUCUCCAAAUUUUGUUGACAAGCCUCGCAGCUUGUCACGGAUAUAACAAUAAGAUUGCAUCAAUAAACUUCAAAAGGUACAACAUCGCUGUUGUAAAAUUACCCUCUAGUCUUCAGAAAAAGCGGUAGGGUUUGGCUGAGGGUUUGUAUGCACUAAGCUCCUGCUUGUUUUGCUCAGGACAAAAUAGGUCGCUACGAAUGGAAAAACCAUUCUAGAUGAGAAGCAAAGAGGCAGGGAUGGCAGCUCUGUUAUUUUGUUCUUUUUUUAAUAAUAAGCAUGUCAUAAAGGGCUUCAAUCCACACUUAGAAAGAGACACAGCAUGACCACGUAGAAUUACAAUCAACAACAGCUGCCAGCAGUGCUCCUUCUGUGCCAAGUGUUGCAUCACUCUCCUGGUCCUCUAAAAGGAAUUUAACACUGAAGCAGCUCUACACCUCAAGGUGAAAGUAGUUGUGUAAUGACAUUAACAGAAUGCACUUCAUCCAGAUCUCACUCUCCUGCUGGUCAGAACGUCUUAUAUUGUCGGGGGAGGUGUUAAUCUACAGUCACUCUCAAAACUACGUCUCAGCAAAAACUCCAUGCCAGAGAUCUGGGUGCUGGUUUAUGCUGUCCGUGCGCAAGUAUCCUAUCCUCACUUUGUCAACAUGCUUAGCUAUCUGCAUUGACUGGUUAACUGUGGGAAAAUAUAUAUCUGACUCUUGACAUAGCCCAGUAUUGAUGUUGGCGUCCUUAUUGCUGUGGCAGUCUUGUGGAGUGAAUCUUUUUUGUGUCAAGUGUCUUUAAGGUGUUCGAGUGGCACUGUUGACCAAUCUCUCAAUCUCCUCUCGAGAUGAUGAUGACUCUCUUUCUCACACAUACAGGUGUAUAGUAUGUAGCUACAGUAGGUAUUAAUGACCAUUGUGAAAAAGUGACCCUUAAUAUGCAACUCAGUGGAAAGGUGUGAAAGAGUAGAUGUAAGAGUAAUCAAUAUUGUCAAAGUUACUAUGGUCUGUUAUUUAUAAUUCUUGCUGUUUUGUAGUUUUUUUUUUGUAAAAUGUGUUUUUAUUUUUCCUCAGAUUUUUUGCAUCAUUUCGUGAAAGAGCAAUUGGCCCUUGUUUAUAGUAGCUAACAUGGAAUAGUGAACAGUGUUUUAAAGGAAUCACGGGACCGUUGCACUCAAGCCUUACUCAAUUACUCUGGUCUUAAAUUAGCUGAUCCAUGAAUUGAACUUGGAUAUUGACUGAAAGAUAUUGCUAAUAUAUAGAUGUUUGUGCACUAAGUGGAUGCUACAUUACAUUCUGUCACAAGGGCCACUUGCAAUAUCUGUUUUGUUUUUUUUCUUUGGUAUACCUGUGUGCGUGUAUGCGUGCGUGUAUGUGUUCGUGUGACUGAGGUUCCUCUGCUGCUACACCAGUCAUUAAUGCUCGUCAUUUGCUGUAGCACCAUCCACAGCGUUUCUGUUCUCAUCGUGCGUCGAGUGUGUAUUUGAAAUUGAUCUUAACACUGUAAUUUGUUCUGCAGAUUUAAUUUUUAAUCGGUUAUGGCUGUUUUUUUGUUUUUUUUGUUUAUGGUUUUUUUGUUGUUGUUUUUGUUUGUUUGUUUGUUUUUACAAGCAACAUGUUAGAGAGGAUAAAUAACAGCACUUGUAUGGCAGUUGUAUUUAAUAGCUCUCAAGACAUUGGCUUUUUUCAUGAAGUUAUGCUUUGUAAACGGUUGACUGUGCAGGUUUUUUCCUCUUACUCUAUGGAGUGGGUCUGUGUUUCAAAGGUAUACAAAUCUGACUAAAGCGAGUAAUACAAAGUUAAUAAUCUGUUUUGUUAUUUUUCUGUAUGGGUUGUAAUAAAAUAUUGCAGUACUUUGUAUGAAAACAGACAAUAGUUAAUUGUAACUAUUUAUAAAUUAAAUUAUUGUACUUUUUGCAAUCUGUAGAUAAGUACUAUGUAUUCAUAUAUACAGUAACAACUGUGGAUUUAAACGUGAUUCUCUGAGGUGUCUAAGUUAUUGAUGUAUAUAUUGUAUGUUUGUUGAUACAGCUUACUUUAUUUUCUAUAAGACCAAUAAAAUGUUUUGGAAAUGGA